AUGUUUAUACCAGCAUGGUUUGUUGGAAGUGAGCUAGGUCACCAGUGCGCAGAGCUGCUGUUGGCUGCCAUAGUCGGUGUGUUGCUGUACUAUAUUCCUUUAUGUAUUGCAAAACGGCAAGGCAACAUUAAAAUUAUAACGUUGCUUGAGCCCGUUGCGCAGGCAAUCGCUGCAGGCGUAGUUUCAUUCUCUUGUUUUGCAAUGCUACAACCCCUUCUUCCUUCCUUUACCCAUGGAGGUUUGGCGUCCCCUGAUGUGCUCUACUUCCUCGGUGGUAUGGCCGCUGGUGGGGGACUGGUUCUCCAAACGCACCACUACUUUGGCGACGCGAGCUCCAACGCCGCGACGGCCGCCAUGCUCGCCCAUGGGGCGGCGGAAGGGGCCGGAUUGGGACUUCUGGUGGGCACUCCCGCGUUCGCCGCCUUAUUCCAGUCUCAAGUCCUCCACGGGGUGCCGGACGGGAUGCUGGUGGCGACGGCCUCGCUUGAGCGAAGCGGGUUGUUGCGCACGCUGCUUGCGGCGGCGGUGGCGCGGGCAGGUCAGGCGGGUGCAUUUUACGCCGUCGCCACGUGUUCCCCCGCCGUCUCCGAGGAGGCAGUUUGGACGGGGGAAGGGGUGGCAUUCGGAUCUAUGGCGGUAAUGAUGUGGCAGGAGCUGGCCCAACCGGCCAAGCAACGACUCGGGAAGGUACGAGCGGCCGCAAUCGCCACCAUCGCGGCAGCCGUUACCUACCUUCUCUUUGAUUAG